AUGGAGACGGUUUUUUCGGUGCCCACCUCUAUUUCCGUCACUGAAAGUGGCGUUACGAAUACCGUCCACAUUGAUGUCAGCAUUGGAUCUAUUCAGCCGGGUUCUUCAAAAUAUUCACACCCAACAUCUUUGGGGAUUACCUGUCCGGAACAUGCUUCCAAUGUCUUGGACGACCUCACACCGUCCCUCUCUUUGACCACAAUAGCGCCUGGAAAUUCUUCAAAUCGUUUGUUGCCUUUCACAGAUGAUCUUGGUUUAUGCAUUAAACACUCUCCUGAUGUGUCACCCUUAGUCGAUGAUGAUGAAGAUGUACGUUCACUCUUGGCAGCAGCAGCCGCUGUUGCCGCUGCCGACUCCAGGGUUCAUCAAGGUUCACCGCCAGUUCGCUCUUCCUCUGGUCUUAACACUCCACCUGAUUCAAGAAGUAAUCGACUUAUGGACACAAUCACUUGCAGACCAAUGUCAGUUGGUGUUUGCGAUCAAACUCAGGUCAUUCACUCAGUAGAUAGUGUUCCUAUGUUAGUUUCGAGUCAUAGUUUGUCAAGAACGCCUUAUGCACAUAGCGAUGACCCUCUCGCAAUCCUAAUCCCAACACCCACAACACAGUCUGUGUCUACUAGUUAUUUGUUAUCCUCCAGUGUUUCCACUCCAUGCAGCUCUCCUCUGACAUUCCGAUCUCAUUCCCCUGUUCGGACACAUUUAGAUGGUAGACAUACGUCCGAUAUGCUUCACCAUAAUUUAUCCUGCGAAUCUCAUUCUAUCGAGAAUGAACGUACAAAUUCUUCUCUCGCGUCAGUUUCUCACUUUCCCCCACCAAAUACACCGCCUGUACAUAUGGACGAUUAUGUAACUCGUCAAAGUCAUGAUGAUCAGGUUUUUAAUUCAAAUCUUUUACUUCUGAAGGAUACAGUUCAUGCUUCAUGUGUAUCACUAAGCUCUCCUAAAGUAGUUUCAGAAUGCAACUCAUCUGGCCAUACUACCACAUCCUCGUGUUUACCAAUCGGUGAACAUACCGCAACAACAGUUUUUAGCCCUGUUGUUGUAUCAAAGGAGUAUACUGUCUGCUCAUCAGCGAAUGUAACAGAUGUAUCGGAUAGUCUUACACAUAACUGGACAAAUACUACUACUUGUGAACCAAAUGUUCAGGCAGCAAAAGGAUGUUCAAUUACGGAUAACAAUUUUGAUUCUGUAUCUAAAGCGACAGACGAAAAUUUAAUGGAUUUAGAACAAGUUAUUUCAUCACAUUCAGCUUCAUUACCGGCUGUUGACGAUGAGUACUUUUUAAAAACGUCUGACGAUUUUCGUGUCGAUACAGUAGUGAACAUUGAACUUGGAUGUAUUCCUCAUUCAGAUAAAGUUCCUUCUUCAGCAGAUAGUGGCGAGUUAGCGUCUUCGAAAACAUCUGCCAUGUGUUCUGCCGAACCAGAUUUCCCUGAUGUUUACGUCGAUGUUUCUGACGUAAACCAUAAUACUAAUUCUGUGAUACUACCACACGAGUCGUCAAUUAGUGUCAAAGCAACAACAGCUCAGUUCUCUGAAAAUACGAAACUUAUAUCUUCUGUAGUGGCGCCUGCUGAGAGCUCUAUUGACCUCAAGUGUGAAAUAGAGAGUCAGAAAAAUGAUUGUUUUAUCCAGUCUGCUGAUGACGAUAACAAGUUUAAAACAGCUACAUCUGUGUCCCCUUUAGUUGAGGACCCCACAUUCCAAGAACCAUGUGAAACUGAAAGUUCUCCAGUUACCAAGGCUUCUAUAAUUUCAGAGUCACCAACAAAGGAUGAUGUUCAGAUUAAUAUCAGUAAUGAAGAUCAAAAUUUACUCACAUCAGAGCACCAUAAUGACAGUUUAGAAGAUCCAGUUGAACCCAGUGGGCAUUCUCCUUCUGUUCAUUCAUCCCAUAGAGAAGACGACGAAAAAGUGUAUAACGAUGCUGAUUACGCAGCUGCUGCAGUUGCUGCUGUUGAUGAUGUGGUAUAUGCACUAGCUGGUAAUCGUAAACCUGACCCAUCUUUAACUCUUGACCCGGCCUUAGAAGGCACAGGAACAGAUCGUCUGUAUAGUUUAAGCUUAGCUCCAGUUCAUAAUGAAUUCAAUAAUUCACACAUGAAUACUUCCAAUUCAGAUUUGUGCAACACAAGCUUUGUGAAUACUAGCAAAAACUCCGAUCGCGUUCGCUUUCAUCACUCUCUGGUGGCUAAUGAAUCUUCAGAUGGUGAAAUUUGUUCAGAGGAUCACCUAUCCAGAAGCUUAUCUAAUGCUUCUCCUAAUAACUGGAAUAAAACGGAUGUGAAGGGUGAAUUCUUAUGUUUAUCAUGCAAUAAAACGUUUUCACAAAAGGCUUUACUUCUGAAACAUCGAGUUAUGCAUGAAGAACCAAAACAUAUGUGUGACACUUGUGGUCGCAGCUUUGUACGAGAAGACAAACUUAAGCGUCAUGUGAUGUCUAUCCAUACGGCUGAAAAACCUCAUGUUUGUCAUAUAUGUAGUAAAGCUUUUUCCCGAAAAGAUAAACUUAAAGAUCAUUUGAAACAUCAUGAUCGUGCAGCUCGGAAUUUUGAGUGUCAACAGUGUCAGCAACCUUUUGUUCAAAAAUCUGAUCUUAACAGACAUAUACGUGGAGUACAUCAAGGUGAGCCAGGAGUUGGGAUAAAUAUGACAAUAAAACGGAAAGCGCCAGGCUCUGCGCCGUUGCGUUUAUCUAAACGAAAAUCCAAGUCUACAACUGAUAGUUCUGAGUCCAAUAAUAAUGAGACUAAAUUGGAAAUGUUAUCAGUGGAAAAUUCACAUAAUAUUCCCACCAAUAUGGCUAUAAAUAGAUCACAUAAUGGAAAAACUGUUAGUGGUGUGCGAAAAAGUGAUAAUGCAGAAUCUGAUAUAAAAAUAAACAAUCAAAUAGCAUCGAUCACUAGUGGAACUACUGUUUUUACUCCAGUCUCAAUGAUUGCAACCACAACGUCAGCAUCAUCUGCAGUUAAUUUUACUCCUAUAACUGUUUCACUAUCACCUGCUGGUAUGACUCAAGCAGCUCAUCCGAUUUUUGCAGCUAAUGCUUCUGGUCUAAUGUUUCCUACAAUGACUGCUCAUCAUCAUCAUCUUGUUCAACAACAACAAGCAGCGGCUGGAACUGUCAUGUUACCAAGUGUCAGUGUAGCUUCUGUAGCAGCAAUUCAUCCAUCAGGAAUUACCUUACAACAGCAACAACACCAACAAUUUUUUGCCAUGGCUGCUAUGCCAGCUCUUGCUCAAUCAAUUACGGUCACACAAUCAUCUAAUGGUGUUCAACAAGGUACUAAUGUUCAACCUACACAUAAUUCAAUUCAUUUUCAACCUGAAUUGAAAACAGUAGCCACUCCUUCAGGUCCUAUGAUGGUAUUGACUCAUAUAGCUGCACCAAAUCAGUCCGGUCAAGCUCAUCCAUUGACUAAUCAAACAAUUUUCCCUCAAGUUGUUGGAUUUCAUGCUACUGCAGCUCAACAACAACAGCAACACCAACUUCAACAAUUGCAGCAACAACAAGCAGCAGUUGUUCAACAUCAACAACUUUUACAACAGCAGCAUCAACAACAACAGGCUAACUAUGCAGUGGCAGCUGCUGCGGCUGCCGCUGCUGCUGGUACACAUUUAGUUGCAGUUUCUAAUCAUGGUAAUUGUAAUCAAUCAACUGUCAAUCAAACACAGCAAUUCCAAUUACAACAGCAACAACAACAGGCUGUGGCUUUAGCAGCCCAUCAACAAGCAGCGCACAGUUUUCUUUUCCCUGCUGCUGGAGUUAGUGCUAGCGUUAACUCGACAGGUACUGUUGCAACACCAUCUGGUCCAACUACAUUCUUCUGUCAUCCACAAGAAGGAAUGGCUGCUGGUUUGUUUCUGGCUUCUUCAACUGACCCAGCUAGUUUUGCAUUAGCAGCUGCUGCUCAAGCACAAGCAGCUGCGGCAGCUGUUGCCGUUGUCCAGCAACAACACCAGCAACAGCAGAGUAAUGUUAAUGCUCAGAACAAUUCUUCAAUUGCUGCUACACAAUUACAACUAGUAACAGGUUAUUCACAGGUGGCGGCUGAUGCUCAACAAACUGUUGCACAACAACAACUACAACAUCAACAGCUAUUGUUACAACAGCAACAACAUCAGCAGAGAUUAGCAGCAGUGGCAGCUGUAGCAGGAGUUUCACAAACUUCAUCAAUCGCCAAUCCACAUUCUGGCGUGUUGAUGUCGUCAAACACCACCGGUACUAUUAUCAAUGGCGCGAGUGCGAGUGCUGCUACCGGUGGUGGCGGUAAUGGUACACCAGCCACCUCUGUAAUUGUUAAUUCAGUUCAAGAGGAACAACUUAAUCGAGUUCAACAAUCUGCUCAUUUUUUAAUAGGACAACAAGAAACACCAGGAUCUAAUAGAACAGUGAAUAAUUAUCAAUUAGCUGCAUUUACAAAUGCUGCAGCUGCAGCAUUAUAUCAACAACAACAACAACAACAUCCGGGUUUCAUGCUUGCAGCGGCUGGAAAUACUGGCGUCACUAAUACCAAUGCAGCAAUUGUUUCCAGAGGAACAACAGCAACUGUAGCAGCUAUGGCUUUACAUCAUCAUCAACAACAACAGUAUCAACAACAAGCAGGUCUUAUGGCAGCAGCAGCCUACCAUCAUCAACAACAAGUUGCUCAACAUCAGGCUUUACAGCAACAACAACAACAACAACAGUAG